CGAAAGAUGGGGGACGCAUACCGCGAGCUCCUCGACUAUCUCAAGGCCAAAGACCAGCAGGGCGAGCACAAGCGCGAGGAGGCCAAAGCCAAGGCGCUCGAGGAGCUCACCGCCCUUAAGAAGCAGACGUUCGCCCACAUAUCAUUUUACAACUGCAUCAACGCGGCGGACACGCUCGAGGACGGUGUUGACGCUGCGCUCACCUCGCAGAAGGAGCUGUACGAUGCUCUUCUCGGAUUCACGGGCAUGAUGGCUGGCUUCUCAUUCAUCGGCCUGCCGCUCGGUUCGCAGCCCGACACGUACUUCCAGGCUGUCGCCUAUUUUCUACUCAUCCUCGGCUUUGGCGGCUGCAUGGUCGCCGCGCUCAUGAGCUUCAUCGCGACCCUCUUCAUCAAGGGCCUGAUGCAAGAGCCGUGGGACUGCGUUCGCGACUGCUUCUUCAAGUGGAACCCUUACCUCUACUGCACCAACUUUCUUGCCAUCGGCGGGCCCUUUAUGCUGUUCCUCGGCGUCAACGUCAUGGUGCACGAUUUCUUCACCGACCGCGACGAGGUGGAUUGCUGGCGCAAGGGCAUGGGGGAAGGCGCAGACAAGUGUACACUUUCCCUCGGCCUCCCCAUCAGCCUCAACGUCCUCUCCCUAAUCUUCUUGCUCGUUCUCUGCUGGCUCUUUUACGGAGCGGUGCUGAAGUCGCAGCGCGGACGGCGCAUCACAAAGGCCAUCGAGGAGCGGCGCUGAAGGCGCAGGCUUCCGCCGCGCCUCAUUAUUUUUCCAGUUUCGUCCCUGUUUAUCCUCGUAACCGGUCGACGCAUCUGUUCCCACUGUUCCCACACAGCACAGUGCGAGGACACGGGUGUCGCGUGCAACCUAGAGAUGCCCGCCCGCACGCAGCGAACGACGCGAGAGAGCGCGCUCACGUGAGGACCAUGUGUGCGCUCCCCCCAUAUUGCACAUAUAUUUAUGGAACACGACGAUACACGAGACCCACCUGCAGCUGCAGCCUGCACCUCUCGAGCUGGCAAAAAGAAUUCAGUAGUGGUCAGCUCUAGAACAAAACAAAAAA